AUGGAAAACCAUCCUACUGAGGGAGACCCUUUGAAGAGAGAAGAUGGGGCAGAGGGAGGCGCCCCCACGACAGAGAUAAAGAAGGGCUGUAAAGAGCUGGACUUUGCUAAACUCACACACUGGCGCACAGCAGUGUUCUUCUUCUCCUUGUUCCUCUGUCUCACUGUCGUCUUCGCCUUCUCCUUCAUCAUCCCGUGUCCCGUCAGACCACAGUAUCUCAUAUCAUGGCACAGGACUUUCAACGACACAGCCACAUAUGACUUUCUGGCAAUUGAAGAUGCAAACAAAGACAAAGUGAUGGAUGUGCUGUUUGUCGUCAGGAGCAGUGAAGUCAGUCAGAACAAAACGUGUGCUGGUAAAGGUCUACCCUCUCCAUGUGUCUUCGUGGUCGCCGUUGAUGGGACUGAUGGAAAGACUCUGUGGGAGACACCUCUGGAGCCAGCCUUCCACUGGGCUCAGUGUGGACUGAAGGAAGAUGGCAACAGGAGCUGGGACUGUUUAGUGUCACACUCUGAUAAACUGACAGCCAUCGAAAAAGACAAAGGAGUGGCUAAGUGGCAGCAGGUGCAGCCCGUGGGGCAACCCGGCUCAGUGCCUGUUCUCAGUCUUCCAGAUCUGGAUGGGGACAAGGUCGGUGAUGUGGCUCUCAUGAUCCAUGACUCUGAAAGUACGAAGGUUUCUUUUCUCUCAGGGGAAUCAGGGCAGCAGAUCGGCUCGACUGUUCCACUCGAUGCAGUAAAAGCACUCGAUCACAUUUUCUAUCGUACCAAGGGGGGUUCUCACUAUAUUCUUCUUGAGAGAGACUCAGGACUGUUUGGACUUUCACUGUGGGGAGUUGCUGCUAAAGCUAAAGCAGGACUCGAGGACGCUCUCACCAAAGACAAACACUGGGAGAGCAAAGCCAACGCAACAACAGGGCUCGUGCUCGUGUUCAAGUCUGAUCAAGUUAGACAAGUUUUAAAGACAGCGCACACAGAUUCUUCAAACUUACUCCUUGUGACAAAGACUGAGGUGGUGCAAGUGAGCGGCCGCUUGGACACACUGUGGAUGUACAACAGCAGCUCCAUCAUAGGGACGCCCUCGUUUGGCCACUUCAACAAAGAUGGCGUCCUUGAUGUUGUCAUUGAGGAGGACGUUGGCAACGACACAAAGAAGGUGAUCAUUCUGGACGGGGUUUCCGGAGGUGUUUUGUGGGCGGUCUCUCUUCAGAACAGUCCAAAUUCACCACGACCUGCUUCCAUCCACACCACCAACUCUUUCUCAGUCUUCAUGUUCUGGGGCCUUUUCCUCAUGGACAGCAAUUCUUCCGUGCCACAGAUGCCAGUGGAGAGUACCCGCCGUGCCUACAUGCUUCACCCGCUAUACUCCAACGUGCUUCUGGAGUCGGCCAAUCUGGUGGACCACAUCAUCACCUUCAGAGCGACACUGUUGGAGCACGGACGACACGCUGCCUACUUCACUCUCACUGGUCCUGGGGCUGCGGGCGCAGAGGGGACCGUGAUCCUCAGCAAGAGGAAACUGAAGCAGGACGUUCCCGACAGCAGAGUCGUCCCCAUCUCCAGCGCAGGAGCCGCCGAGACCAACGGGAACAUCAAAGAGGCCUUCAACCGCCUGCGCUUCAGCGACGAGUGA